CAGAGAGUGUCGAGGUCCUGGUCUGCAGGCUGUAAGAGGUGGGGGGGGGGGGCUGCCAUGGAAGAGAAUGUGUUCAGUGUGCAGCAGAUCCAGCCCAACGUCAUCUCGGUGAGGCUCUUCAAGCGCAAGGUGGGCGGCCUCGGCUUCCUGGUGAAGGAGCGUGUCAGCAAGCCGCCCGUCAUCAUCUCAGACCUGAUCCGGGGAGGGGCUGCGGAGCAGAGUGGCCUCAUCCAGGCUGGGGACAUCAUUUUAGCCGUCAAUGGCAGGCCCCUGGUGGACAUGAGCUAUGAGGCCGCGCUGGAGAUACUGAGAAGCAUCGCCUCCGAGACGUACGUGGUCCUCAUCCUGCGGGGCCCCGAGGGCUUCACCACUCACCUGGAGACCACUUUCACGGGGGACGGGACCCCCAGAACCAUCCGUGUCACCAGACCCCUCUGCCCGGCUCCCAAGGCCGUGGACUUGUCCAACCCAAGCCCGCAGGGCAAAGAGCAGCCGGCGGCGGCGGCCGACCGCACCAUGGGCUCGCUGUGGGCAAGAGAGAUCAGGAGGGAGGUGGAGCCCAUGGUGCACAUCAACGGUGUCGUUACUGGCAGCAAAGGGCAGGACGCUGGGAAGGGCAAGGAGGGUGCCAGUGGUCGCCCUUGCCUCAACGGUGGUGUGGAAGACAAUGAACUGCUCAAAGAAAUCGAGCCCGUCCUGGAUCUCCUGAAGAGCAGCAGUAAGGACAGCGAUGGAGAUGCACCCUCCAAGGUAGAGACAAGAGAUAUAGAAGUCCAGGUGGACUGUUUCAAGGAAGGGGAAAACAAGCCCCAGAAAGCCCUACCGGCUCAGAUGGAGAACGACCGCAUCCCUGGCGACCUGUGGGGGAAGAGCACCGUGCCCGUGGUCCUGAACAACCCCUACUCUGAGGCAGAGCAGCCACUGCCCUGCGGGCGGCAGUCGCCAACGAAGGGCGCAGUGAACGGCAGCCCUUCCAAGUGCCCGCGCUUCGUCAAGAUCAGGAACUGGGAGACUGGCUCCGUGCUUCAUGACACCCUGCACCUCAAGACAGCCAUGGCCACUGCGUGCACCGAGCAGAUCUGCAUGGGCUCAGUCAUGACCCCCAGCCAGCAUGUCCGCAAGUCAGAAGAUACCAGGACUAAAGAGGAGCUUCUCCUCUUGGCUAAGGACUUCAUUGACCAGUACUACUCCUCCAUAAAGAGAUCUGGCUCCAAAGCCCACAUGGAAAGGCUGGAAGAAGUGACCAAGGAGAUUGAAGCCACUGACACCUACCAGCUGCGGGACACGGAGCUGAUCUAUGGAGCUAAGCAUGCCUGGAGGAAUGCAGCUCGCUGCGUGGGCAGGAUUCAGUGGUCCAAGCUGCAGGUGUUUGAUGCCCGGGAUUGCACCACAGCCCAUGGGAUGUUCAAUUACAUCUGCAACCACAUCAAAUAUGCCACCAACAAAGGGAACCUCAGGUCUGCCAUCACCAUCUUCCCGCAGCGGACGGACAGCAAGCACGACUUCCGCAUCUGGAACGCGCAGCUCAUCCGCUACGCCGGCUACAAGCAGCCCGACGGCACCGUGCUGGGGGACCCUGCAAACGUGGAGCUGACAGAGAUCUGCAUUCAGCAAGGGUGGAAGGCACCCUACGGGCGCUUCGACAUCCUGCCUCUGCUCCUGCAAGCCAACGGCAACGACCCAGAGCUCUUCGAGAUCCCUCCGGAGCUGGUGCUGGAAGUGCCCAUCAGGCAUCCCAAGUUUGAAUGGUUUAAGGACCUGGGCCUCAAGUGGUAUGGCUUGCCAGCAGUUUCCAACAUGCUCCUCGAGAUUGGUGGCUUGGAGUUCUCUGCCUGCCCCUUCAGUGGCUGGUACAUGGGCACAGAGAUUGGCGUCCGGGACUACUGCGACAACUCUCGCUACAACAUCCUGGAGCAAGUGGCCAAGAAAAUGAACCUGGAUAUGAGGAAAACCUCCUCCCUGUGGAAGGAUCAGGCCCUGGUGGAGAUCAACAUUGCUGUGCUCUACAGCUUCCAGAGUGACAAGGUGACCAUCGUGGAUCACCACUCAGCCACCGAGUCCUUUAUCAAGCACAUGGAGAAUGAGUACCGCUGCCGGGGAGGCUGUCCUGCCGACUGGGUGUGGAUUGUCCCACCAAUGUCUGGCAGCAUCACCCCAGUUUUCCACCAGGAAAUGCUCAACUACCGCCUCACCCCCUCCUUUGAGUACCAGCCUGACCCCUGGAACACCCAUGUCUGGAAAGGGGUCAAUGGGACACCUACCAAGAAGAGGGCCAUUGGCUUUAAGAAGUUAGCAAAAGCUGUGAAGUUCUCAGCCAAGCUGAUGGGACAGGCCAUGGCCAAGAGGGUCAAAGCAACCAUCCUGUACGCCACGGAAACGGGGAAGUCGCAGGUCUAUGCAAAAACUCUGUGUGAAAUCUUCAAGCACGCCUUCGAUGCCAAGGUGAUGUCCAUGGAUGAGUAUGACAUUGUGCACUUGGAGCAUGAAACCAUGGUCCUGGUGGUCACAAGCACCUUUGGCAAUGGAGACCCACCAGAGAAUGGAGAGAAAUUUGGCUGUGCAUUAAUGGAGAUGAAGAAUCCCAACUCCAACCUGGAGGAGAGGAAGAGCUACAAGGUGCGUUUCAACAGCGUCUCCUCUUACUCGGACGCACGGAAGUCCUCCAGCGAUGGCCCUGACUCCCGGGACAACUUUGAAAGCACAGGGCCCCUGGCUAAUGUCAGGUUCUCUGUGUUUGGGCUGGGGUCCCGUGCUUACCCCCACUUCUGCGCCUUUGCCCGGGCAGUGGACACCCUCCUGGAGGAGCUGGGUGGAGAGCGGAUCCUCCGCAUGGGAGAAGGAGAUGAGCUCUGUGGCCAAGAGGAGUCCUUCAGGACCUGGGCCAAGAAGGUCUUCAAGGCAGCGUGUGAUGUGUUCUGCGUGGGGGACGACGUCAACAUCGAGAAAGCAAACAACUCCCUCAUCAGCAACGACCGGAGCUGGAAGCGGAGCAAGUUCCGCCUCACCUACGUGGCUGAAGCCCCAGAGCUCACACAAGGGCUGUACAGCAUCCACAAGAAGCGUGUUUAUGCAGCUCGGCUCAUCACACGCCAGAACCUGCAGAGUCCUAAGUCCAGCCGCUUGACCAUUUUCCUGCGCCUCAACACCAACGGACACCAGGAGCUGCAGUACCUGCCCGGGGACCACUUGGGUGUGUUUCCAGGGAACCACGAAGACUUGGUCAAUGCCCUCAUUGACAGGCUUGAAGAUGCUCCUCCAGCCAACCAGCUGGUGAAGGUGGAGCUCCUGGAGGAGAGGAACACAGCUCUAGGUGUCAUCAGUAACUGGACAGAUGAGAAUCGUGUCCCACCGUGCACCAUCUUCCAGGCUUUUAAAUACUAUUUGGACAUCACCACCCCUCCCACGCCCCUGCUGCUGCAGCAGUUUGCUUUGUUGGCCACCAGUGACAAGGAGAAGAAAUGCCUACAGGUCCUUAGCAAGGGCUUGCAGGAGUAUGAGGAAUGGAAGUGGUCCAAGAACCCCACCAUCGUGGAGGUGCUGGAGGAGUUCCCCUCAGUGCAGAUGCCCUCCACACUGCUGCUCACACAGCUCCCCCUCCUCCAACCACGCUACUACUCCAUCAGCUCCUCCCCAGAGAUGUACCCAGGCGAGGUCCACCUCACCGUGGCGGUGGUCUCCUAUCGCACAAGAGAUGGAGAAGGACCAAUCCACCACGGAGUCUGCUCCUCUUGGCUCAACCGGAUACAGACCGACGAAGUAGUGCCCUGUUUUGUAAGAGGUGCCCCUGGGUUCCACCUGCCCCAGGACCCCCAGGUGCCCUGCAUCCUCAUCGGCCCCGGCACCGGCAUCGCCCCUUUCCGGAGCUUCUGGCAGCAGCGGCUCUUUGAAAUCCAGCACAAAGGCCUGAAGCCUUGUCCCAUGGUGCUGGUGUUUGGCUGCCGGCAGUCCAGGAUCGACCACAUCUACCGAGAGGAGACUCUCUUUGCCAAAACCCAAGGGGUCUUCAGAGAGCUCUACACAGCCUACUCCCGGGAACCAGACAAACCAAAGAAAUACGUGCAGGACGUGCUGCAGGAGCAGCUGGCCCAGACCGUCUUCAAAGCUCUGAAGGAGCAGGGAGGCCACGUCUACGUCUGCGGGGACGUGACCAUGGCCGGGGACGUCCUCAAGACCGUCCAGCGCAUCGUGAGGCAGCAGGGCCAGCUGUCGGUGGAGGAGGCAGGAGCUUUCAUCAGCAAGCUGCGGGAUGACAGCCGGUACCACGAGGAUAUCUUCGGAGUCACCCUGCGCACCUACGAGGUGACAAACCGCCUUAGGUCCGAGUCCAUCGCGUUCAUCGAGGAGAGCAAAAAAGACACGGACGAGGUUUUCUGCUCCUAAGUGGACCCUCCUCCCCAAGGGGAAGCCAAACCAGUCCCAGCACCUGCUGCCCGCUCCAGCCGCAGGGCACUGGGUUUUGUAUCUCACGGACACGGUGGCUCCUUUUCCACGGGGCACUGCCCAUGGAAAGCACUCUGUCUCUCGUCCUGUUGUUGUGUCCUGAUGAUGAUGAUGAUGAUUUUUAUUUCCUUCUCUUCCUCUUUCUCUUGCUCUUGUCCUGUGGCCAUUUCUUUUCCCCUCCUUUCCCUUCCCUGGGUUCCCCCACUGAAGUACAAUGGCUUUGUAACCUGCAGUGGCUCUUGACACAAUUUCUCAUUUCUCCUCCUUCUCCUGAGAGUGUUUUGCAGCUGCAUGAAAUCAUCCCCUUUAUGAUCCCCUGCCUUCCUGGUGUGCUGGGGGACAGCAGAGCUGCCAGGGGCAAUGGCUAGGUCUUGUUGCUUGGCCAGACCCGGGGGUCGCUCCGCUCAGGCUCCUCCUUUCCUCAGCUCGGGGCUUGGCUGAAUCCUUGCAUUUUCCUGGCUUUCCUUUGGACUUGUCCAGACCUGGGUGUGUGCCCAUGGCUGGGGGGCAGCUGACGUGCAGUCCCCUCGUGCCUAAGAACUUUGUUCAUCCCCAGGCAGCCAGGGUACAGCUGUGCCUGUUUUGAGCUGCAGGGUGGGAUUCACCUGGUUCAUCUGUCAUGGAUUCUGUGCUGUUUGCCUCCUUCCCUGCUCCCCACGAGCCUCUUCCUUUUGCUCAGUCCCCACUUCUGCUAGCACAAAAGUCCUCCCACAGAAGAGCAAGCACAGGCUGGUGUGUAUGCCAGGGGAAAACUCAUGGAUGGCAAUGGACUGCUGCUUGGCCAGGCUGUCCUUCAGAAGGCUUCACCAGAGACAUGGGAUCUGCAGCCAUGAUGCUGGUGGGACAGAUUGAGGAACCAGCUGCAUCCUAGAGCUUUGCAUGCUGUGAACAUGUGAACCUUCUCCCAGGAGAGACUGGAAAGUCACAAGGAUGGGAGAGAAGUGGCUCCAAUCCCAGCUGCAAGAAGGACCUCCUGGUAACCAAGCUUAUUUAGAAGGCAGCACUUGGAAGGCUGUGGAGCCUCCUGGCCCUCGGUGAGGGUGUGCAGACCAAGGACUCCUGAAAGCCCAGAAAGCAUCACCUCCACCUUAGGGCAGCCUUGUGAGUAGUUCUGGGACAGCAGACCCCAGCCACUUCCACACCUUUGGGAGCAGAAAGUGCCAGCAAGGAGUGAGCUGCCUGCCAAGAGCAAUGCAUGUGGCAUCUCGGUGGCGAGCCAGUGCCCUCAGCAGGCUCUGCACCGCCUGCCCGUGGCACGAGCUGUCUGCCAGGACACCUCCUGUGAGAAGGGAGGUGAGACCUGCUGCAAAGCUGCUGCAUGAGCUGAGCCCUGACACGCUCACACCUCAGCCCUGCUGCAAAAAUCUGACCCCAAAAGCAAUCUGUUAACAUGCUCACAGGAAGGUCUCAGUCCCUUGAGCAGAGACAAGCUGGCUGCAAGGCAAAGCCUGUGUGACCUUGUGUGUCCUCCCUCCUCCUCCUCCCUUCCUCACCCUGGCAAAGGUUUGGCCUCCCUCACCACCAGGAUGAGGACAGCAGGGCAUGGCUGCAGCUCUUGCUGGAGGAUACAGGGUUGACAUUUCAAGCUGGUGGCCGCUGAUCCUCUCCUCCUGCCCCUGCUCUGCUGAACUGUGAAGUGAUGCUUGCAUGGAGUAAAGCAUUCGCACCAGUGAGGGCAGAGGGUUUGCCCAGGAGCUCCAACUCUGGGCACGCUUUCAGAGGACUACGAUUGGCUGCCUUAAGCCAAAGUAAGGGGAUGCAGGGCAUUUGCUGCUAUCCCAGCCCAUGGGACAAGCAACGCUGGCUCCCCUGGCCCCAGGCU